CUUUGUUGUUUGAAGGAGCCAACUUUUCUACCUAAUCUCACUGCAAACAGCGUGUUGCUGGACGCUGCUGUCAAAUUUGCAAUAGGAUCUCAACCAUUUGUGUUCGAAGAGCUUUGAUGGGGGCAAAUGUCAAAGAAAAAGGACCGUGAUUCACUGGCCUGCUCACACACCAGGUGGCACCAGGCCCGGUGCCACCAAGCAUUCCCCAAUUCCCACGGUGUGCUGUGUGCAGGCCUGGAUCCUUGUGACCAAGAGCCUGAUCAGGAUGAUCAAGGAUCAUCAUCUUCGACGUCUGACCUUGUGGACGCUUUGCUCCAGGACACUGAGCAAGGGGCUACUUCUUCCAAGCGAAUCAUUAAACUGGCAGCUGUUGCAGCCAAAAGGAUGAAGCGAUUGGGUGUCCAAGAUCAUGAACUCAACCGGUUGGCCCGGUACAGACAGUCGAAGAGUGGGAGGAAAGGUGCAAAUGCUGCUCGGGACUUCCACCGGUAUGUGCACCGGCAUGGCAGGGUUCUGGAUGUUAAGGUUUCAUCCAUUUCAAUCCUACUGCGGCAGAAGGUGACCACAACCUCUGGGAAGCGGCGUGUCAAGGAAAGGCUUGGUGACCAUCCUGUGAUACACCUAUCAAGCUGGUGUCAACAAAUGCUGGAGAAGUACCCAAGAUAUAUACUGGGAGGGUAUUGCCCUGAGAAGGAUGGUCAUCAAUCCUACAUGGACAUGUUUGCUUCGUUCUGGAUCAACUAUUGCAUACUUGACCGGGACCACCCAGUUCGUGAGAAGAGCUUGGAGGAACUACAACACACCAUACCGAUUGCCAUUCAUGGGGAUGAAGGUCGUGGACUUUCCAAAGUGCCAGUAAUGUGCAUAUCCUACCAGUUGCUGAUCCCAUCUUCCGGCCCAGAUAAACUCAAUUGCUCUCAGAACUCUUUCACGACAAGGCUAUUGUAUACCCUGAUGCCUGCCACAUGGUAUGCCCGCAAAGAUGCGAGCAUUCGUGGACUCCUGCAAGCGUUGGCUGCUGAUUUGACUGCGCUGUUUGAGGAGGGACUUACGGUGACAAUUCCUUUGAAGGAUAUAUAUAAAGCUUUGCUUCUUUUCAAAUCUCAACCUCAAAGAACCAAAAGGAUCUUAAAGGGUUUGAAUGGGUCGCAAUGUGUUUAUCUUUGUUUGGCAGGUACGCCUUCACCACUGAGAUCCAUUCCAGGUGGUGACAGGCCCUCUGCGAUCAAGCCAGAUUUAAUGCAUACAUUCAAUAUUGGCAUUGGCGGUGACUUCGCUUUUUCUGCGGUCAUUACUCUUUGUCGUCUGAAUUUCUUUGACGACUAUGGGUCCACAAUUCAGAAACGUUUGGAUUGCGCAUAUGACCGUUUUGCUCAAUGGUGCUUUGACAACCACAAGAAUGCCCAGAUCAAGUCUUUUGAGCUGAACAAGUUCCAUAUAACUUCGUUUCUGAACUGGUCUUGGAUUUCUGCAUGCUUUCUAUUUUUUCUCAACUCCCAACACCUGCCAGCCACCAAUCAAUCCCUGGCCCAUCUUGCCUGA